AUGUCUUCCUCUCCACUUCAAAAACGAACCGAAGCGCCCGAAAGAUGGCGCAAUCGACGCCUUUCUCCUGUUGCAACAGCUGGACGCCCGCCUGUCUCUACAGUUUGCGCGCCAAUUUGCGUUCUCGCGAUGACGUCAUCCGCGUCCUCAGAUGAGCGAUUGCGUCACAACGGAAUGGCUGCCGAGGGAGGAAGCUCGAGAACUGGCGGGAUGACGUCAUCGGGUUUUGAUAAUAUGGUUGGAUCCGAUUUGAAUGGAGCUCUUAUGAAUGGACUAUGAGCUUCGCGGCUUUUUUUAUGCUCUACUCAGGUGGAAGUUGGGAAGCUUCUGGACUGACUGCCGAGGAAGCUCGAGGAUGACGUCAUCGGGUUUUGAUGAUUUGGCUGGGUUGGAUCCGAACUUAAUGGAGCUCUUAUGAAUGGACUAUGAGCUUCGCGGCUUUUUUAUGCUCUACUCAGGUGGAAGUUGGGGAGCUUCUGGACUGACUGCCGAGGAAGCUCGAGGAUGACGUCAUCGGGUUUUGAUGAUAUGGUUGGGCUGGGUCUGAACUUAAUGGAGCUCUUAUGAAUGGACUAUGAGCUUCGCGGCUUUUUUAUGCUCUACUCAGGGGAAAGUUGGGAAGCUUCUGGACUGGCUGCCGAGGAAGCUCGAGGAUGACGUCAUCGGGUUUUGA